AUGCCUGAACAUGCUAAAUCACAAACUAAAAAAGUACAAGAGGCAAGAGAAAUAAGAGAUAAUUUAAUAGCUAAAGCUGUUAAAUUAUAUCUCUUAGAGCUCCAAAAACCUGAAAAAGAUAGGAAAGGAGCUAGAACUAUUUGUACAGAAGUGUCAAAUGAAUAUGAGAAAGAAACAGGCAAGCUUGUCACUCUCAAUUAUAAUACACUUCUAAGACAUACUUCUGGAAAAAAAUCUUUAAGUAAGUUUAAUGAGGAAAAAGGUUGGCUCUUACUUGAAGAAGUAGAUAAACUUAUUCAACUUACUAAAGAGUUUUCUGAAAGAGCUAUACCUCUUACUCAUAAAACACUUAAAGAGGCAGUAGAGCAUGUAUUAAAAGCUAGACCUGGAAAUGAUUUUACAGGUCUAGGUACUAACUGG